UUUUUUUUUUUUUUUUUUAAUUUUUGCUCCUCUUCUGGCCUCAGUGCUUUUUGGAAAAGGCCCAAAUGAUCUGGUGGUGUUGCUCAGGCAUAUGCAGAGCCCUAGCUCUUCUGGCGCUCCUGUUUCCCUUGCAGGAGAGGAGCUGCUGGGGUCUCAAUCCCAGCUCUGGGGAUCUGGAGAAGUCUCCACACUCUGAUCCAGACCCCUGGGAUGUCCCGCACAGAAACAGACGCAGCUGGGUAUGGAACCAGUUCUUCGUAUUAGAAGAGUAUACAGGAAAUGAACCUCUCUACGUUGGCAAGCUACAUUCAGAUGUGGACAAAGGAGAUGGCAAGGUGAAGUACGUGCUCUCUGGUGAGGGUGCCACCUCCAUCUUCACCAUUGAUGAGAACACGGGAGACAUCCAUGCCACAAAGCGGCUUGAUCGAGAGGCUCAGGCUUACUACACCCUUCAAGCUCAAGCUGUAGACCGACUCACCAAUUUGCCUGUGGAACCCAGAUCUGAAUUUGUGGUCAAAGUCCAGGACAUCAAUGACAAUGAGCCCAAGUUUCCUGAUGGACCAUACCUGGCAGGAGUACCGGAGAUGUCACCCUUAGGAACCAUGGUAGUGCAAGUGGUAGCCACAGACGCAGAUGACCCAACAUACGGGAACAGUGCCAGGGUGGUUUACAGCAUCGAACAUGGACAUCCGUAUUUCUCAGUGGAGCCAAAGACAGGUGUCAUCCGAACAGCUCUGCCAAACAUGGACCGGGAGACGAGGGAUCAAUAUGUUCUCGUCAUCCAGGCCAAAGACAUGGUUGGCCAAAUGGGUGGCCUCUCCGGCACCACCUCUGUAACGGUCACGCUCACAGAUGUCAAUGACAACCCGCCUCGGUUCGCUCACAAGAACUAUCAGUACACGGUGCUCGAGUCCCUGCUGGUGCAAUCUGUUGUGGCCAGAAUAAAAGCGGUGGAUGCUGAUAUAGGCUCCAACGCAGAGAUGGACUACAGGAUCAUGGACGGCGAUGGGCCCGGCAUGUUCAACAUAACGACAGAUGAGGACACACAAGAUGGGGUCAUAAUGCUGCUGAAGCCUUUAGACUUUGAAACAAAGAGCAGCUUUUCUCUGAGAAUCGAAGCCACAAACAGGAAUAUCGACUCCAGCUUCUUGAGCUUGGGACCGUUUAGCGACACGACAUCAGUCAAGGUGACGGUGGAGGAUGUGAACGAGCCGCCCGUCUUUUCCACACUGUUGAGCAAGAUGGUCGUUUCAGAGGACGCCAAAGUGGGCACCUCGAUCGGGAGAGUGUCUGCCCAUGACCCAGAUAACUCCAACAGUCCAAUCAGGUACUCCAUUGACAGGAACACAGACUUGGAGCGCUUCUUUAAUGUGGAUGCCCUAAGUGGGGUCAUCAGCACAGCCAAACUUCUGGACCGAGAAGCAAACUCGGUCCACAACCUCACCAUCUUUGCCAUCGAGAGCCAUGACCCAACCCAAAUCGGAAAAGGCAUCACUUUGAUCACAGUGCAGGACAUAAAUGAUAACGCUCCGGUUUUUGCCAUCGACUAUGAAACACUGCUUUGUGAAAAUGCCAUACCAGGACAGGUGAUCCAGACAAUCAGCGCAGUGGAUAAGGAUGAACCUUUGAGUGGUCAUCGCUUUUAUUUCGCCCUGGCAGGACCUGCUGCUGGUAACCUUAACUUCACUCUGCGAGAUAAUAAGGACAACACAGCAUCCAUAUUGACAAAGCGAGGUGGCUUCAGGAGACGGGAGCAGCCUGUGUAUCGACUCCCUGUGUUGAUUGUGGACAGUGGAAGUCCUGCUCUCAGCAGCACAAAUACACUCUCAGUUCGAGUGUGUGACUGUGACUCUGACGGAGUGGCCUUGUCUUGUGGAGCUGUGGCCUAUACAGCAACCGGCCUCAGCACAGGUGCCCUCCUGGCUAUUCUGGGCUGCAUCAUCACACUUCUGGUCAUGGUUCUACUAAUUGUGACAAUGCGUCGGAGAAGAAAAGAACCUCUGAUUCUGGAAGAGGAAAGAGAUAUCAGAGAAAACAUCGUCCGUUAUGACGAUGAGGGAGGGGGCGAGGAGGACACAGAGGCCUUCGACAUGGUGACCCUGCGUAACCUCAAUGUCAUCAGAGACCCCAAUGUACGACGAGACGUCACACCAGAUACCCCUACUUUCUUUCAUUACCCCUCAGCUUCUCGCCCAUCCUAUAAAUCCCUACCAGACAAUGUGGUGUUUCGAGAGUUUAUUUGGGAGCGACUGAAGGAUGCCGACGUGGACCCAUCAGCUCCCCCGUACGACUCUCUGCAGACGUAUGCUUUUGAAGGUAGCGGCUCUGUAGCUGAGUCGCUAAGCUCACUGGAGUCACUAAGUACAGACUCAGAUCAGAACUAUGACUAUCUCAGCAACUGGGGACCACGCUUCAAAAAGCUGGCCGACCUGUAUGGCAACAGCGAUAGCACCACUGUCUUGUCAUAGCCACUAAAUGUGUUUCUUAACAUUUGUGGGACUCCAAAAAAUAAUAGUAAUUUAUUGUCAGAGAAAAUGAUUUUGUCUGCCUUAGUGCAUUGGAGGAAAAGAUUCAAAGACAACACAAGAGACUGAAAGAAAAACACUUUGACUUCAAAGGUUUUUUUGGUUUGUUUACCUCCCUGUAUGGAUUUUGAAAAUCGUGCCAUGGUGAGUUUUGACACGGACUUCAAAAGUGGCUUGACUGAGGAGGAAACCUUGUGUGGAAAAGACAUUAAAGGUUUCAGAUUUUGGGCUUGGGUCCAACCAUUGACUGCAGAAUGCAUACAUGUUGGAGCAUUUUUACGGGGAGGCACCUGUCCUUUCAUUCCUGUGAUGGGCACCGGCCCAGCACUCUUGCUUUGAAGCAUUCCUUUGCUAUCUUUGUGCUAAAAAAACAUAAAAAAUUUCUCAUGAAAGGCUGUGUCUCUAGCGGCUAAUCAGUAGUCACUUGACUGUUCAUAUGAAAUUUGACAGCAAUUUAUAUGGGAUUUUUUUUCUUCUCCUUCUUCUAUCUUUGGGACGGGGAGCAGGGUGAUGAGGGGCUGUUUUUCACAAACACUGAAAUCCGGAGCCACAUUAUUCACGGACUCAGAAAUAUCCUUCAACACUAUAUGAAGUGCAACUGCACACAUAUAAUAAAGUAUAAACAAGUAUUUGAUGUGCUAAGGAAAUGAUGUGAAGACAUAAGUUGUGCAAAUCAUAAAAAGAAUGACAUGCUCGUCAUUUUGAUGUCUCCACUGGGUGAAACAGGAAAACAUCAUUUCUCUUCUUCUCCCAACAAUACAUUUUGCAGAAGUUGCAAUGUAGUGUUUGUCUCAGUCUGUUUUUUCUUCAGCCUUUCUAUUGCCAAGUCAAAUGUAUAAUUUCUGAGGUAUAAUCUGUCAGGAUUUAGUUGUUUUGCUUUUGUACAAGGCAGGUUGGGUCUGGGAAUGUUUGCUACACCAGAAACUGUCACUGAUGGAUCUGUCCUCGCUGUGCUUGAUUGCAAAUUCACACUGCCUAGAGUAAAAAAAUAAAUAUAUGUUUCUGAAGUGACGGUCCUAACCUGGGUGAAGUUGCAGUUUGUAAGUAAAUGACUUUUGCUUCUGUAGUUUGCAGGUUCCAGCAUAUAUUGUCUUUCAGAAAUGAAGUAAAUAAUGUCAGUGGUUUGAAUAUUGAUGGUGAAAGGACACACUGUAUGAUAAUCAUUUUGUGCCAAUUUUCUUUUCCAGCUUAAACAAAUUAUGUUACAACUAGGUGUCCACAUGUACACUGAUAUGUAUUCUUAUUUAUUUUGAAGAGGCAGAACUGUGCAAAUGAUGUUUUUAUCUUUUGCUGAAAAUAAAAUUGACAUUCAGUUCCUUAAAAUAUCGAAGCACUUUCUUUCAAUCCUUCUGAACAUGUGUACAAAUAUAUAGACAUGAACUCUAUGAAAACUAAAAACUAAAAUCCAAAAGAGCAUCUAAUUAAUGACUAAAAAAAUCUUGACUUUAUUCUCUGCGCAUUUGGGGAUCUCAAGUAACUGGGGAGAAGAAGGAGGAAGAAAGAGAAAAGAGAACUUUAUUUUUUUCAUACAUUUUUUGAUGUGCCUUUAAGUAGUUGAAAGGCCUUGUAGUGACAAAGCAUUCACACUCCACGGAGGCUUGUGUGGUGAUUGCAAGGUUCAUGUUUGGCCAUUUGAGCGCUAUUUUUGUAAAUUAGCCAAGCUUGAACAAUAAAGUAAAAAGAUGAUUAUAGGUGGAAUAGGAUAAAUGGCAAAUAAACAAUGUGCACUACUUUCUGCUUUCAUAGGAUCCCCAAAAUUCUUUCAAAUGCAUAAUUUUGGCAUUAAAACUUCAUGUAUACAUGCAUACAUAUAGCAAAAAUCAUGGUCUACAGUUGUCAAGCAUUGUGGCCUAUUUUUUUGAGGACAGCAAGAUAUGAGGAUGUUAUUUACAAAGCGAUUCACAGUAAUUUGUGAAAUGUGAGACAAGCUUAUUCAUUAGUUUUUACCCUACACUUUGUUUUGUGGAGGGCAAGCAAAUACCACUCCAUGAGGUUUAUUUAUCAAAAGAUUUUGAAAAGAUCAGAGUUUGGUUUAAAGUAUGGCUGGUGCAUGUUUUAUAGUUAGUGAAACUACAAUAUUAAAAGGAUAUUUUACCAGUGUAACACCAACAAGUCAUUUUUUUAGACAUCAAUGGUAAUAGGUAGUUACCAUACAAAUUCAGUCUUUAUAACUGACCAUUUCCACAACGUUCAUCACACUGACUAUGAAAACUCACUCUCCAGAUAUACAUAUAUAUGGACAGAGAGAGAAAAAGAGUCGGUUUGCAGUUACAUGAAGUCACAGAAGCAAAUGAGAAAGCCUAAGUUCACAGAAGCCUGACCAAUAUUCCAGAUUUUGUGUUUUUUGAGUAAAUAUUUUCAUUUUUUGACUUGAUGUCAAUUACCACACCACACGGUGUGGUAAUAAAAUUACCACACCGUGUGAAUUUUAUUAGUGGAAAGUAUCCGCCUUUCACUUUCAAUACCACAGGUGU